UAGCCCCUCCCCCUCCCCUCCUUGCCUCGGCUCGCCUGGCUGCCUCUUCGGAACUUUGCGCCUGGCUCGCUCUUCGCUGCCAACUUUUCCCCGUCGCGACUCGACAGGAACUUCUCCUCCUCCUCCGGGCUCCCUAAAGGCGCCGCUGCGGGUAGCUCAGGCACCGCCGGAAGGGGGCCGGGCGCUGGGAAGAUGCGGCCGGGCGCAGCGCCGUGAUUAUAGCGCGGGUCUCCGGAGAAGGGGUUGCGCCACCGCCACCAGCCCUCCUUGCAGCUACAGCCGGAGCAACAGCAGCCGCUGCAGCAGCAAAGCCCAUGGACGGGAAGUUCCUCCUGCUCCUCCUCCCUUAGGAUCCCUGGGGAACCCGCGCCGCCGCCUCCCCCCUGCUUCGCCUUUGUCUGCGGUGCUAUGAAGAGGUCUACAAUGAUAAAUGGACUUCUGAUUAUUCCUGUUCUAGUAAUGGUGUCUUUUCCUUCACCCAGCAUGGAAGAUGAAGAGCAUAAACCUACCUUGAUUAACUACGAUUGUGUGUGUGAAGGCACGUCAUGUGUGAAUGGCGACCGCUGCAGAGGCCACCAGUGCUUUGCCUCCUUGAGCAUCAACAAUGGCGCUAAAGUGUAUCAGAAGGGCUGCUUCCAAGUCUAUGAGCAAGGGAAAAUGACAUGCAAAACACCUCCCUCCCCUGAUCAAGCGGUCGAAUGCUGUCAGGGUAACCUGUGUAACAUGAACAUCACAGCACAGCUGCCGACAAAAGGGCACCCACUUCAAGGCGAAGCUGUGGGUUACACCACGGAAACACUUAUCAUAUUUGUCGUAGCAUCACUUCUGGCGUUCCUGAUAUUUUCUGCAGUGAUGAUGCUGAUCAUCCGAAAAGUAAAACAGUACCAUAUGGAAAGGCUCAAUUCAAGGGAUCCAGAAUAUGGAACCAUCGAGGGACUCAUAGCAUCAAACGUUGGUGACAGCACCCUGGCAGACUUGUUGGACCAUACCUGUACAUCGGGGAGUGGCUCUGGCCUUCCUUUCCUGGUACAAAGAACGGUGGCUCGGCAGAUUACGCUGUUGGAGUGUGUGGGGAAAGGUCGAUACGGUGAGGUCUGGAGAGGACAGUGGCAAGGAGAAAACGUUGCAGUAAAGAUAUUUUCUUCCCGAGACGAGAAGUCCUGGUUCAGGGAAACGGAAUUGUACAAUACUGUGUUGCUGAGGCAUGAAAACAUUUUAGGGUUUAUUGCCUCAGAUAUGACCUCUCGGAAUUCCAGCACUCAGUUGUGGCUAAUCACCCACUACCAUGAGAUGGGCUCUUUGUAUGACUAUCUGCAACUCACGACGCUUGACACAGUGAGCUGCCUGCGGAUAGUCUUGUCUAUAGCUAGCGGCCUUGCACAUUUGCACAUAGAGAUAUUUGGGACCCAAGGGAAACCUGCCAUUGCUCACCGAGACUUGAAGAGUAAAAACAUCCUGGUUAAGAAAAACGGACAGUGUUGCAUAGCAGACCUAGGCCUCGCAGUCAUGCACUCCCAAAGCACUAAUCAGUUGGAUGUGGGAAACAACCCCCGUGUGGGUACCAAGCGCUACAUGGCACCAGAAGUCUUAGAUGAAACCAUCCAAGUGGACUGCUUUGACUCUUACAAACGGGUUGAUAUCUGGGCAUUUGGACUGGUCCUUUGGGAAGUAGCCAGGCGUAUGGUGAGCAAUGGUAUUGUCGAAGACUACAAACCUCCAUUUUAUGACGUAGUGCCUAAUGACCCCAGUUUUGAAGACAUGAGGAAAGUCGUCUGUGUGGAUCAGCAGAGGCCAAACAUUCCCAACAGAUGGUUUUCAGAUCCUACGUUAACUUCCCUUGCCAAGUUGAUGAAAGAAUGCUGGUACCACAAUCCAUCAGCCAGAUUAACAGCGCUGCGUAUUAAAAAGACUUUGACCAAAAUCGACAAUUCCUUAGAUAAGCUCAAAGCUGACUGUUGAUAACCAACACCUGAUGCUGACAGGACAUCAUGGCUUGUGUCCCGCAUGGAAGAAUGGCUUGAUGAAUUCUAGGAUCCGGCCACAAGUGGCUUCAAACAUAGGCAGAGUUGUUUACCUAACCAGCCAUUGAAAAGGAAAUAGACCCAUGUGAGCCUUAAUCGGUGACUGUCCGUGGUAUUUUACAAAUGGCCAAUCUGUAAAGACUUAAUGCUGAAUCUAUGGUGGCCUAUGGAAGGAAGGAAGGAAAGAAGAGAAGUCCUAAGACAAAAGUGGGGCAUUAAAACCAUGGCUUUUUUUUAUUUCAUGAAAAGAAACAAAAAGGAAAGUGUCUCCUUGUCUCGCUCCCAAGUGGAAGUGGUCAAUUCGAAUCAGCAAUAUUGCCUGCGCUUCUCUUUAUUGCACUAGGGAUUCCUUGCAUUCCUUACUUGCACUGUUACGGUUUAAUUUGAAAGAUAUGACUUGCCAAAAAUAUGAUUGGCCCUGUACUCAUUGAUAUGGUUUUUUAAAAAAAUGAUAAUAAUAGGAUAUCCAAUUUGGGAAACUGAACUUGUAACUGACUCUUUUUAUUAUUAUUUUAAAGCUGCAUUUUACAUAUGUGUACCGUUUACAAUAAUGCUGGAUGCUAGGAAUUAUUGUUUAUAAGGAAACUGCGAACUUUUAUUUAUUAUUAGUGCACUUAACAGUUUUUAAAUACUGAGGAAAGUGCGAAUAGUCAAAAGCUUAUUUUUAUGUG